AUGGGCGUCGUCUCGGCGGUGGCGGACGCGGUGGUCGUCCUGUUCUGCCUCACCAUCACGCUAUCAUUCCCGCUGUUCGGCGCGCAGAUCGUCCUCCCGCGCAACCUCUACCCGGCGCCGUUGCAGGACUUCAAGCGGUGGUACGCCGACGAGUUCGGCGACUACCUCCUGGCCCAGCCGCCGGCCUUCCUCCGCGGCCUCUUCUGGCUCGAGCUCACCUUUCUCUGGCCGCUCGCCGUCGCAACACUCUACGGCAUCCUCGCCCGCCGCCGCUGGGCUGCCACCACCUCCCUCAUGGCCGGCGUCUCCACCCUCACCUCCACGUCUGCAAUAAUUGGUGAAAUAUUGGGCUCAGGAAGGGCAACACCGAGGCUGCUUCAGCUGUAUGUUCCAUAUAUUGUGUUCUCUGUAAUUGCCAUUUUGCGUGGUCUCUGCUCAUGCUCGCCAUCGCUUGCAUCUUCUGCCCAGAAGAAGAAGAGGGUCUAG